UCACAGGGCUCCGCACGUCGCUCCCGUCCACCCACUCGCCCGCAUUUAACCCGGCCCGCGGCCGCCCGCCGCUCCUCAGCCCGCGCGGCGCGGGCGCGGCAUGAGCAGCAGCAGCGGCACCGGCUCCGGUACCGGCACCGGCAGCGCCCGCAGCCCCUGCCCGCCCUGAGCGCCCCGCACCGCCCGCGCCCCCCGCCAUGGAGCGCAUCCCCAGCGCGCAGCCCCCGCCCGGCUGCCUGGGCAAGCUGCCCGCCCUGGAGAGCGGAGACCUGCCGGGGCUGGACUUCGCGCACAUGUACCAGGUGUACAAGCCCCGGAGGGGCUUAAAGAGGAGCGAGGACAACAAGGAGACCUACAAGCUGCCGCACCGGCUGAUCGAGAAGAAGAGGCGCGACAGGAUCAACGAGUGCAUCGCGCAGCUGAAGGACCUGCUGCCCGAGCACCUCAAGCUGACGACUCUAGGUCACCUGGAGAAGGCUGUGGUUCUGGAGCUCACCUUGAAGCACGUGAAGGCACUGACCAAUCUCAUCGAGCAGCAGCAGCAGAAGAUCAUCGCUUUGCAGAACGGUUUGCAGGCAGGUGACCUGUCAUCGAGAAACCUCGAUUCCAGCCAGGAAAUGUUUCGAUCCGGUUUCCAGAUGUGUGCCAAGGAAAUGCUGCAAUACCUGGCAAAGCACGAGAACGGCAAGGAGCUGAAGUCGUCGCAGCUGGUCAGCCACCUGCACCGGAUGGCCAGCGAGGUGCUGCAGGGCGGGGCUGCCCGCAAGGCCGGGGACAUCCCUCCCAAAAUGCUGGACCUGAAGGAGAAGCCGAUGCCCCUGGGCGCGGCGGGCGAGGGCCACGGGAAGAACUGCGUGCCCGUGAUCCAGCGGACAUUCGCUCACUCCAGCGGGGAGCAGAGCGGCAGCGACACGGACACGGACAGCGGGUACGGGGGAGAGCUGGACAAAAGCGACUCCAAAUCGGAGCAGCCCUAUUUCAAAAAGGAUACCGACCUCAAGUACGCUGUCCAGGAGAGAAUAAGCUCUAUAAAGCAAGAGACUGAGGACCCGCCGGCCAAAAGGAGCAGGCUGGAGUCGCCGCAGGACGAGGGCCCUUUUGGCAGUGACAUGAUGGGCUCUGCCAGCAGCUUCCUGGGCCCCCACGCUCACCAGCCUCCCCUGUGCCUGCCUUUCUACCUGAUCCCGCCGUCCGCCACCGCCUACCUGCCCAUGCUGGAGAAGUGCUGGUACCCGGCCUCGGUUCCCGUGUUGUACCCCAGCCUGCCGGCCUCUGCCGCAGCACUGACGGGCUUCAUGAACCCCGACAAAAUCUCCCCCCCUCUGCUGAUGCCCCAGAGACUCCCUUCUCCUGUACCAGCCCAUUCCCCCAUCGACUCCUCGGCUCUGCUUCAGGCUUUGAAGCAGAUUCCUCCUUUGAACUUGGAAACCAAAGACUGAGCGCAGUGUGACUGGUUUUUUUCUUUUUUUUUUCUUUUUUGUUUUGUUUUUUUUUUUUUUAGUUUGAGAGACUGUUUCACUUUUAUAUAUUGGCUGGACUGAGGUGUGGGGACGAGGUUCACUGUGCGUAGGAAGCUAAAUCCCCUUUUCUCUGACUUGUCAGGUAGCUUGGAGAAGGAUGAAGGAUGUGCCCAGGUUAGCAAUUGACAACUACUUCCAAAAGAUUAAAGAAGGAUUUUGUGCUUGGCCCCUUCCCUUCUUCCCUCUCCACGUCUACAGAGCAACAGUUGACUCGGUCAGCUGCGAACCUAUUGCAAAGCUGUGAAGAAAUAUUCCAUUGGGCAGACCUGGUUUGAGGGUCUGUGAAUACAAAAUACACGAAUAUAAACCACGGUACUUCCCUGAGCAGCUCUGGAGGCAACGGCCCCGCUGGCUCAUCUGAGCUGGGCUGCUUCCCAGUGACCCCGAGCGUGGGGGUGGUGGCGGUGGCAAUGCCACCAUGAGCACAGCAGGAGCAAGGCAGUGGUCACUGGUGGUGGUGGCAAUGCCACCGUGAGUGCUGGAGGAGCAGGGCAGUGGUCACUGGUGGUGGUGGCAAUGCCACUGUGAGGGCAGGAGGAGCAGGGCAGAGGUCACUGUGCUGUGGUGGCAAUGCCACUGUGAGCACAGCAGGAGCAGGGCAGUGGUCACUGUGCUGUGGUGGCAAUGCCACUGUGAGCACAGCAGGAGCAGGGCAGAGGUCACUGUGCUGUGGUGGCAAUGCCACUGUGAGCACAGCAGGAGCAGGGCAGUGGUCACUGUGCUGUGGUGGCAAUGCCACUGUGAGUGCAGCAGGAGCAGGGCAGUGGUCACUGUGCUGUGGUGGCAAUGCCACUGUGAGUGCAGCAGGAGCAGGGCAGUGGUCACUGUGCUGUGGUGGCAAUGCCACUGUGAGCACAGCAGGAGCAGGGCAGUGGUCACUGUGCUGUGGUGGCAAUGCCACUGUGAGUGCAGGAGGAGCAGGGCAGUGGUCACUGUGCUGUGGUGGCAAUGCCACUGUGAGUGCAGGAGGAGCAGGGCUGUGGUCACUGGUGGUGGUGGCAAUGCCACCGUGAGCACAGCAGGAGCAGGGCAGUGGUCACUGUGCUGUGGUGGCAAUGCCACUGUGAGUGCAGGAGGAGCAGGGCUGUGGUCACUGCAGGGGCAGCAGUGUCACCAGGAGGAGCAGGGUAGUUGCCACUGAGGUGGUGGCAGUGGUGGCAAUGCCACUGUGAGUGCAGGAGGAGCAGGGCAGUGGUCACUGCCUGGUCUCUCACAGGCCAGGCAGACAGACCUAAGACGGGUUUCUCUCCACACCUUUGCUGAUACAUAGAUAUUUUUUAAGAAAUAAAAGGUAGCUGCUGCUUGGAGCUUUCCAUGGCAUACAUCUAAUAAAUAAAUUAACCCGCGCCCUUCCUGUAACUUGAGCUGCUCCGUUGGGCCGGGUCGGGAGGAGCUGUCCCGGGAGGAGCUGGGUCGGGAGGAGCUGUCCCGGGAUGGCGGGGUCGGGAGGAGCUGUCCCUGGAUCGCCUCGCUGGUGGCACCGGCUCCUGCCGCCUCUCCCUCGGGAGUCCCCGCGGCUUUCCCGGCCGGAGGGAGCGGUUCCGCCGGAGCCGGCAGCGCCAUCCAUCCCUGCUGGACGUGCCCCUGGCAGUGCCUUUGCAGGAUGGCAAGGCUGGGAUUUCCAAGGAGCCUGAUCCCCCCGCAGGGUUUGAGCAGCUGGGUUCCUCCUGGCACACCUGGCUCACAUCCCGUGUUAAGGGGAGAGGGGACAGGUGGUGACUUCUGUCCUGUGAGCUGCAAGGGGCUUUCUCCACAGAGGAACAUCUCUCCAGUUUAGCUUCUUUUUAAUUAAAAACCUCCAAACUUCACUGCCAAAGGCAGUGCUCUUUGGUGGUUUUUUCCUUACUGGUUUUGAGAACUGGUGAGCAGAACCCCUGUCUGGAUCCUCGUGUCGCCCUCCCGUUGCACCAGCUGUUGAGAUGCACUAUGCUUGAUUGCAGAUUGUGUUCUAACGUUUAUUUUGUUGUUGGUUUUUUGGGUUUUUUUGGUAUACAGUUGUUGCCUUUAUUUGUAAAAUCCUGUUAUAAAUAUAUAUAUAUAUAAUAUAAAUAUAUUAAAAGUUAAAAUGUUUCAGAUGUCUAUUAUUUGUAUAACUACUUGAGCAUAAAGAAGUGAGAAAAAUGAAUGUAUUCUUGUUUCUGGGUUGUUUUGUUUUUUUUUUUUGAAGAGAAGAAUAUUCCGUUUUUCUCUCGGGAGAGGUACAGUGUUUAUAUUUUGGAGCCGCCUUCAAGGUGGGAUAUUGUACAUAUUUUUAUCUUGAGUAAAUGUUAAGUAGCUGUUAAAAAAUGCUUAAUAAAAUAAUUCUUUUCCUGUGGAAGAUAA